UCCCUCCACAGCCCUGCCCACCGAAAGGCCAGCCCCUUCUUUUCCCCGGAGCCCCGCCCCUCGGCCCCUUUCCAACUCUGGCCCUACGGAUCUCGCCCUUCCUCCACGCCCCCCCACAUCUCGCGAGAGGUGAGCGAGCCUGGCCGGACGAGAGGAAAGUAUCUGCUCCGCUGAGGGGGGAAAGAAGGAGCUGGAGACAGAUUGUGGGACCGAUCGCGGGCGGGCGGGAGGCGACGGAGCUACCAGCGGCUCCGCUCUGCUAUAUGAAAUAUGGGAGACGACAGACCGUUUGUGUGCAAUGCCCCGGGCUGUGGACAGAGAUUUACAAACGAGGACCACCUGGCAGUUCAUAAACACAAGCAUGAGAUGACAUUGAAAUUUGGCCCAGCCCGAACUGACUCAGUCAUCAUUGCAGAUCAAACUCCUACUCCGACUAGAUUCCUGAAGAACUGUGAGGAGGUGGGGCUCUUCAAUGAACUAGCUAGCUCCUUUGAACAUGAAUUCAAGAAAGCUUCAGAUGAGGAAGAAAAAAAGGCUACUGCUGGGCCCCUUGACAUGUCUCUGCCUUCCACACCAGACAUUAAAAUCAAAGAGGAGGAGACGGUGGAGGUAGACUCAUCCCCACCUGACAGCCCUGCCUCGAGCCCCUGCUCCCCGCCACUCAAGGAGAAGGAGGUUGCCCCAAAGCCUGUUGUGAUCUCUACCCCGACGCCUACCAUCGUUCGCCCUGGCUCCCUGCCUCUCCACUUGGGCUAUGAUCCACUUCACCCAACCCUUCCCUCCCCAACCUCCGUCAUCACACAGGCGCCACCAUCCAACAGGCAACUGGGGUCUCCCACUGGCUCCCUCCCUCUCGUCAUGCAUCUUGCUAAUGGACAGACCAUGCCUGUGUUGCCAGGGCCUCCAGUACAGAUGCCUUCUGUUAUAUCGCUGGCUAGACCUGUGUCUAUGGUGCCCAACAUUCCUGGUAUCCCUGGCCCACCGGUUAACAGCAGUGGUUCUAUUUCUCCCUCUGGCCACCCUAUGCCAUCAGAAGCCAAGAUGAGACUAAAAGCCACCCUAACCCACCAAGUCUCCUCGAUCAAUGGUGGUUGUGGAAUGGUGGUGGGCACUGCCAGCACCAUGGUGACGGCCCGACCUGAGCAGAGCCAGAUUCUCAUCCAACACCCCGAUGCCCCAUCCCCUGCCCAGCCACAGGUCUCACCAGCCCAGCCCACUCCUAGUACCGGAGGACGACGGCGGCGCACAGUGGAUGAAGAUCCAGAUGAGCGGCGGCAGCGCUUUCUGGAGCGCAACCGGGCUGCAGCCUCACGCUGCCGUCAAAAGCGGAAGCUAUGGGUGUCCUCCCUAGAGAAGAAGGCAGAGGAACUCACUUCUCAGAACAUGCAGCUGACUACUGAAGUCACGUUACUACGCAGUGAGGUGGCUCAGUUGAAACAGCUACUGUUAGCUCACAAAGACUGCCCAGUCACUGCACUACAGAAAAAGACCCAAGGCUAUUUAGAAAGCCCCAAGGAAAGCUCAGAGCCAACGGGUUCUCCAGCCCCUGUGAUUCAGCACAGCUCAGCAACUGCCCCUAGCAAUGGCCUCAGUGUUCGCUCUGCAGCUGAAGCUGUGGCCACCUCGGUCCUCACUCAGAUGGCCAGCCAAAGGACAGAACUGAGCAUGCCGAUACAGUCGCAUGUGAUCAUGACCCCACAGUCCCAGUCUGCGGGCAGAUGAUGCCUCCCCUGGUGGAGAGGUACCCAGCCAGAGCUCGCCCGCCCAGGAGCCAAGAGAGAUAUCAUCUUAUCCCCUCCCAUCUGCCUUGGACAUGGCAACAUGGGGGGAAAAUUGUGUGUUGUGAGUAAUGGACAGAUGUGAGGCUUUUCUCUUCAGCCACAUGGUCCUGUACGUUGACACCUGUACUAGGAGCCUCCCAGCCCCAGAGCCACAGAGAUCAUCCCCCAAGGUGGGGUGGGGCUCUGAUAUAUCCAUAGCCAAAGGCCUUUCCAGAUGGUCCGAACAAUCACCCCUGCCCGUGCACGUGUACCUGUCUCUUUUAACACUAACCCUUGGCACUUCUAGGUUUCAGGUUUCUCGGUUCCCUCUCUUCCCACUAAGCUGUGGCUGUUACCUUCUUGUUUCUUAGCAGAAUGCCACUUCCUGCUCGGUAGAGGGAGGCUAGAGUUGAUGGCGUAUCACCCUGUGACCCAUCCCCAGCCACACCGUGGCCUCAGGACUUUAUCUCCCAGUAGCUGCUUAUUUAUCCCUUUUUCCCCCUCCUAAACUCUAGGUAAAGCAUUCACUCAUGGAGAACGCAAGGUUACCGUUGCUGUGUGAAGUAGCAGUCU